GUUACCGGAAGCUGUACAAAAAAGCGUGGUUAACAUUGUGUGCCGUACUCAUACCUCACCAGAGAGUAUGUAACCUCAUCUAUACUCUCUGAUACUAGUGCAUACGUUUCCCGUCCGAUUCACCUUCCAAAGACUGUUCUAAAUAAUCUGGUCAGCACCAGGUGGUAUUCUGCAAGAGUGUAAAAUAGGUAUUGUGUGAUAGCCGCUAAUCUAAACUUAUUGCUGUUGGAGUGAAUUUCGCACUAUAAUUUGAUAUGUCAACUGAACUUUCCGAUGCUGUUGGUGACCUUAAUAUUGAGCAGACGAACGAGAAUGGGAAAUGUGAAAAUGAAGACGAUGACAUCGUGGACCCAUGGAAUGUUGUUAGUAAAUCACAGGAAGGCAUUGACUAUGAUAAGCUGAUUAGAAGGUUUGGCAGUUCCAAAAUUGAUCAAGAAUUCAUUGCAAGAUUUGAGAAAGUUACAGGGAAGAAAGUGCAUCACUUUUUGCGACGUGGGAUCUUCUUUUCUCAUCGUGAUGUGCAUACAAUAUUGACCCAUUAUGAACAAAAUAAGCCAUUUUUUCUUUAUACUGGUAGAGGUCCUUCUUCAGGUUCUAUGCAUUUAGGGCAUUUGAUACCUUUCAUAUUUGCAAAGUGGUUACAAGAUAUUUUUGAUGUACCCAUUGUUAUUCAAUUGACUGACGAUGAAAAAUUUUUGUGGAAAGAUAUUAAACUGGAAGAAGCCAAUAGGUUGGCCUACGAAAAUGCCAAAGAUAUUAUUGCAUGUGGUUUUGAUGUGAACAAAACUUUCAUUUUUUCUAAUAUGGAUUUUAUGGGGCAGAAUCCUGAAUUUUAUCGAAAUAUUUUACGAAUUGAAAAAUGUGUGACUUUUAAUCAAGUUAAAGGAAUAUUUGGCUUUGGGGAUAGUGACGUCAUUGGAAAAAUUAGUUUUCCAGCAAUUCAAGCUGCACCAUGUUUAUCUUCUUCCUUUCCUUUUAUUUUUGGAAAGGCGAAAGUGCCUUGUUUAAUUCCUUGUGCUAUUGAUCAAGAUCCCUAUUUUCGGAUGACAAGAGAUGUAGCACCUCGACUGGGUUACAGCAAACCGGCUUUGUUGCAUUCCACUUUUUUUCCUGCUCUUCAAGGAGCGCAAACAAAAAUGUCAGCUAGUGACAAUAAUACAGCAAUUUUUUUGACAGAUACACCUAAACAAAUAAAAAACAAGGUGAAUAAGCAUGCAUUCUCAGGAGGUCAAGCUACUGUAGAAGAGCAUAGAGAAAAAGGGGGAAAUUGUGAUGUAGAUAUAUCAUAUCAGUAUCUGACCUUUUUCUUAGAAGAUGAUGAACGCUUGGAGCAGAUUAAGAAAGAUUACACCAGUGGAACCUUAUUAACAGGUGAACUGAAGAAGAUUCUUAUUGAAACGUUGCAGCCUAUUGUUAAAACUCACCAGGAGAACAGGGCCAAAAUAACUGAUGAAAUAGUUAGGGAAUACAUGACUCUGCGCAAACUAAACUUCCAAUGUUGAUAAUAUAUCAUAUUACUAGAUGAAGACAACAAUGAAAACUUUCUUUACUUGUUCAGACAUUUAUUUAAUUUGAGCAGUAACUUACUUGAUCUGUAGUGACUCGCUUCUAAUGCUCAUUGAAGUUCCUUGUUAAGCACCUUCAAAAGUCGAAGUCAUUAAGUCAAAAAUUAAAUAGAAUGAUCUUCGGAGAAGAUAUGUUUGAUGUGCUCCGAAAUAAACUGUGUAAACUGACUUAAUGUUCUAUAUUUGGUCUUGUUAAAACUUUAAAAGUCACAGACAUUGUUGGCAAGCUUUGAAAAUAUAAUGUUGAUAUUUUGUCAUGGUCUGAGUAAUCGGUGCUUUUCUGCCAAUAAGACGCUUUAAAAAAAAAAAGCACCUUUCAUCAUUUCCUUAAAGUGAAAAAUCAUUACUUAGAUUUCCACAGAUGAGCAUUUGUAUAUUAACACAUUUCUAACAAUUUUAUUUUACGAUGAACAAAUAAAAUGCACAGAUUCUUCGUAAACAAAGUGGGACCUUCAAAUAGUUUUUUCACUCUUUUUCUUAAAAAUUGAUUGUCAGACUGAAAGAUUUUAAUAUUUAAUAAAUAGAUUCCCAGUGUAAUUUAUUUCUGUUGAGCUGUUACAUGUUUAUGACAAAUAAAGAGAGAUCAAAUGAGAUAAAAUCUGCUCUCUGCACAAAAUGCAGUGACUACAUCUUUAUGAAUAGUUCUCUCUGAAUUGUUUUGUAUUGUAUUUGGGAUAUUUUCAAGUAAAUGCCCAUUUAUUUGAAUUCAUGUGAUUUGCGAGUUAUAUGAGGUACAGAGAUGACCAUGUUCACUUAAUCACUAUUGAAGUAUCAUUCUAUAUGUUACUGACUGUUAGGUACCAUAAUUAUUAUUUAUUGUAAUGAUGUGCUCAGCAGGGCUGAGAUUAGGUGAUGAAUGUUUCAAGAAAUGGAUGAUAGUAUUAAAAAUGUUUUUUAAAAUUCUGUUUGCCUUUUAUCAGAAUCACCUAUUAAUUUCAUAUUCCAUUAUUAUUAUAUUUCUAUUCACUAAUCAUGAUAGUGGAGAUAACUGAUACAGGUUUACAUCAUAACCUGUUAGAUUAGGAGAGGAAAAACAGUUCAACACUUGAGUUCUGUGAACUUGUGCCAAGGUGUUUGCAAUGAUCUCUUAAAAACAUAGAAUUACACAUCUCAUGAUAUCCUAUUGACAAGGACCUGCUGAAGGAGCCAUACCUACAGUGUUCACGUGUUAUCUGUACAUGUCAGCUUUGCUGUCUGACCUGUAGGGUGAGGGACGACACUAGAGUGCACAGGAGCGCUGCCAUAAUCAAAAAAUAAAGUAGUUUCUAUUGAAAGGCAGCAAGUACUUCAAAAACUUGUAAUGAAGGCGGUUUUGUGGCCCUCACAAAAGGCUGUUUCAAAAGGGCAAAUGUCUUGCAAACUGCUGCUAACUGAUUUUAAGUUUAAAUGUAAUGAGCAUUUGUUUUUUGUGUCAAACAGAGUUACAAUUAAAUAUGUAUUUUUACAGGGGUGGAUCCAGAGACAAAUUUUGGGAGGAGAAAUUCAAAAUGUUUUGGGGGAAUGUGUC